AAAUACAUUUAGGAAAACAAGCGGGAGCUGUGCCCCGAAGGUCGGCUCGCAUGACCCCGAGGUGGUGGGUCAAAGAGCAGCCGACCGCGAAGCCGUGCCCUCCUCUGGACUUUGUCCCUCCCAGAUUUCUGAGCCGGCGAGCAGCCACUCCGCACUGCAGCCCGAACCAAUUGUGAAAGACCUAACCAAGCCCAGCCCAGCGGAAGGAACGGUGUCAGAGUUGUUUGUUUCUCUCCGAUAAAAGGAGCCCUUCCUCACCCUGGCUUCUGUGCUCGCCCGCGUGUGACGGAACCACCCCCCAGAAGCAGUUUGGAGGGACUGGGGGAAGGAAGCGCGCCCACAGCUCGUGGCAACGAAAAGGAUGAAAUUCUUUCUGCAGUGCCUCCAGCUUCUGCCUUUACUCGUCAUCUUCACCUUAGAGUCUCUCCUGAAGCGUUUUAUUCCUAAGAAGAGAAAAUCAGUUACUGGGGAAAUCGUCCUGAUUACUGGAGCUGGACACGGAAUUGGGAGACUAACUGCCUAUGAAUUUGCCAAACGUAAAAGCAAACUGGUUCUUUGGGAUAUAAAUAAGCAUGGAAUUGAGGACACAGCUGCUGAAUGCCGGAGACUGGGUGCGAAGGCUCAUGCCUUUGUGGUAGACUGUAGUAACCGAGAAGAUAUUUACAGCUCUGCGAAGAAGGUGAAGGAAGAAAUUGGAGAUGUUAGUAUUUUAGUAAAUAAUGCUGGUGUCGUCUACACGUCGGAUUUGUUUGCAACACAAGAUCCUCAGAUUGAAAAGACUUUUGAAGUUAAUGUACUUGCACAUUUCUGGACUGCAAAAGCAUUUCUUCCAGCGAUGAUGAAGAAUAAUCACGGCCAUAUUGUCACUGUGGCUUCAGCAGCUGGGCAUACUGGGGUCCCCUUCUUACUUGCUUAUUGUUCAAGCAAGUUUGCUGCUGUUGGAUUUCAUAAAGCUUUGACUGAAGAACUGGCUGCUUUAGAAAGAACUGGAGUCAAAACAACAUGUCUCUGCCCUAAUUUCAUAAACACUGGCUUCAUCAAAAACCCAAGUACUGAUUUGGGACCCACCCUGGAACCUGAGGAAGUAGUAGACAGGCUGAUGAAUGGGAUCCUGACUGAGCAGAAAAUGAUUUUUAUUCCAUCUUCUAUAAGAUUUUUAACAGUGGUGGAAAAGAUCCUUCCGGAGCGUUUCCUGGCAUUUUUAAAACGAAAGAUCAAUAUUAGGUUUGAUGCAGUUAUUGGAUAUAAAACUAAAGGACAAUAAGUCCUACACUGACUACAUUCCACAUUUAGUUGAUGUAAAUACGUAUCUUCAAAAAUACCAGCUUUCCAAAACAUCAUUAUAUUUAAGUAGCAUAACUUAAAUUCUUCUUCAUACAUUAGCUAUAAAUAAAUAGAACUGAUUUACUAGGGUUAAGUUGAUUUCAUCUAAUACUAAUCAGAACUUAAACGAAUGCUUAGACUUCUGCUUUUCCUAAUUAACUUUUCUUCUUCAGUAUCAUCUUUUGAGGCCCUGUAGGUCCUCAUUUAUUAUCACUUGUCCUUAAGGUGAAAGCUAAUUUCAUAUAAUACAAAGAGGGGAGUAUCUUAGGAAUUGACCUUAUAGAAAAUGGAGAAAAGGAACAAAAAUAAUUUUAUAAUUUCUAAGAUUUCGUGCCUUGUGAAGUCUUUGCAAAAUUUGUACUAUAAAUGUUUAAGAUAUAUUUUUAUUUCUAUUGCACUUAAAUUUUAUAUAAUUCACAUGUUUCCUUUUCUAGUCUCCAUAAAAACAAAAACUUCAGGCUCUCUAAAUGCAAUGAAGGACUGUAUCUGCUGGCAUUUCACAAUGAGUUUCAUGUGAUGUAAGAAAUGUCACUGAAACAUUUCAUCUUACACAUUACCACUCUGUUUCCUGAAAGCUGCCUCACAUUCCAAAGCCAAACAUUUCAGCUCAAGGAAACUAGAGAUCCACACGUGUUGCAGGUAUAAAAGCAUCACUGGCAGAGAAUUAGGAGAAUGUACCCACGGUGGCAACAAUAAACAGAUUUAAACUUU